AUGCCUUCUUUUGCUUUUGGAUCUCCUCAUCACCGUUUGGCGACUCCCGGAGACUCGCCGUACUCAGCUGAAAUUAGCAUAGACGGCGACUCCUCUGACUUGGAAUCCUUGUCUGAAGUCGAUUUAGAGAGUGGUGGUGUGACGUCUCCUGCGAAGAAGCUACAUUCUGGUGGUGGCAAGAAGAGGAAAGCGAGGAGGAGAAAGAAGAAGAAGGAAGAAGGUAGAGAUUGCAGGAUCUGUCAUCUGCCUUUAGAGACUAACAAAGAAGAUGAAGAGGAAGAUGGUUCUGAUCAACAAGAAGAAGAAGAUGAAGCAAGAGAAGAUGAUGAAGAAGAGUUUUAUGGUUUGCCUUUGCAAUUGGGUUGCUCUUGUAAAGGUGAUUUGGGUGUAGCUCACAGUAAGUGUGCUGAAACUUGGUUCAAGAUUAAAGGAAACAUGACAUGUGAGAUAUGCGGCGCAAUGGCUAUAAACGUUGCUGGCGAACAGUCAAACCAAGAGAGCAGUGAUUCCGCCCGUUCACAAACAACUGCUGGACAAACUCAGACAGAGACACGGGGAACAUGGCAUGGUCGCCGUGUUAUGAACUUCUUACUGGCCAUUAUGAUCUUUGCGUUCAUUGUUUCGUGGCUUUUUCAUUUCCAAGUUCUGAAGUGAAAAAAAAUCCGUCUCACUCUCUCUUUUUCUCCUGUUAUUGAGCUGCUUUCUUUCGCUAAAUCAAUAUCUCAUGUCGCUGGAUUGUUCACACGUUUUGUAGCUGUAUAAAACUUGGUAGGUUUUAGAU